UCAAAGUCAGGGGCACGGCGUGCUGUUUGUUUAUCCCGCCAGUUGCCCGUGCUGCUCUGCUGUGGCGUACGAGAGGACGGGGAGCUGAGCGGGCCUUCGCGCAGGCGCUUUUUACUGUUGUGACUAAAAAUGCCGUCGGUUUCGAAAACGGCGGCGAGCGCUUCUGCCCAAACAGAGAAACCAGCACACUACACCUAUCUAAAGGAAUUUCGGACGGAGCAGUGCCCGCUGUUCUUGCAACACAAGUGCACCCAGCACAGACCCUACACUUGUUUUCAAUGGCAUUUCCUGAACCAGAGGAGACGCAGACCGAUCAGGAGGCGAGAUGGGACCUUUAACUACAGCCCAGACGUGUAUUGUACAAAAUACGACGAAACAACAGGAAUCUGCCCGGACGGAGACGACUGCCCCUAUCUGCAUCGAACAACAGGUGACACGGAACGAAAGUAUCAUUUGCGCUAUUACAAGACUGGCACUUGUAUCCACGAAACAGAUGCCCGGGGGCACUGUGUAAAGAACGGGCUCCACUGUGCCUUUGCUCAUGGCCCACAUGAUCUUAGACCUCCAGUAUACGAUAUAAGAGAGCUGCAGGCGCAGGAGGCUCUGCAGAACGGGCAGCUUGGAGCUGGGGAGGGGAUUCCAGACCUGCAGCCGGGGGUGCUGGCCAGCCAAGCAAUGAUUGAGAAAACCCUCAGCGAGGACCCCAGGUGGCAGGAUACCAACUUUGUGUUGGCAAACUACAAGACGGAGCAAUGCACGAAGCCCCCGCGCCUCUGUCGCCAGGGGUAUGCCUGCCCACACUAUCACAAUAGCCGGGACAGGAGGAGAAAUCCGAGAAAAUUCAAAUACAGAUCGACGCCGUGUCCUAAUGUAAAGCAUGGGGAUGAGUGGGGAGAGCCCUCCAAGUGCGACAGUGGAGAUCAGUGUCAGUAUUGCCACUCGCGCACCGAACAGCAGUUCCACCCCGAGAUUUACAAGUCCACAAAAUGCAAUGACAUGCGCCAAACAGGAUAUUGCCCACGUGGUCCCUUCUGUGCCUUUGCACAUGUGGAAAGAAUCCCGUCCACGGAAGAGACCAUGAGUUCGUUGCUCACUGUGAUACAUAGUGGAUCCCAGCCCAAGACAGGCUCUCAGCACUAUACAGACAGCACAGUUAACAACUGGGGGAGCAGUGCCGACUGUGUCAGCAGCACUACUAACAAUGGACAAACCGGAAAUGUUUCAUGCUCUAGUAGUCCGACUGUAACAUCAAGCUCAGGAAGCAACAGUUCAUUAUCCCCUAUUGGACCCGUCAGCAGGCCCAAAUGCUUUACUAGUGGUAGCUUAUGUUCAGAGUCCACCACGCCCAAUGUCUCUUCUCCAACGUCUAGCUACCCAAAAGCACCUGGCUUUGAACGCGAGGAUCAGGCGAAGAGUCUGAAGAGUCAUCCACUGGAUGGUAAUCCGAAAAUAAAUGACCAAGAAAAACAGAACCUUAUUAGUGUUUUUUCAGCGGCUAACCCCCUGGCUUCGAGUAUCACUUCCAGUAUUACUUCAAGCCUGGCCUCUAGUAUUGGCUCUGAUAGUUCCUCCCCCACAGCUUUGUCAACGAUGAACGCCAAAGCUACUCCGUUCUACCCAGGUAGCAAUACAGUUGAAUCGGUAAUCGGUAAGUCACUUAACCUAAGACUGAGUGACAUAAAUGUAGCGUUUCUUGAUAAAGAAUUGGAAGAACAAGAAAACGGUGACCUAGGAUUAAGAAACCAGAGGUUAUUGGGAGGCUCCGCCCCAGUGAAUAUCCCCGGCUCUCUUGCUCGUUCCUGUUCUCUGCACUGCUCGUCCUCCCUCUCUGCCUCUCCGCUGAGCUCUCUGUCUCAGUCCCUCUCCCAGUCUCUGCUCUCCUCUGCAAUGGCUCCCCACCAGCAGCAGCCCCAGCCAGCCAAGUCCGAGCUCGGGCUGCUGGGCCCAUCAGCCGGCUCCUCUCAGAACUCCUUAGGUUUGAACGGUGGAACUGGUAGUAUUUGGGAUUUUGGCAGUGGAAGUUUCUCUCCCACUCCAUCGCCUGCAGCUCCGGGCACCAGCACCGCUGAUCUGGCAAGGUUGCAAAAGGAACUAGAUGAGGCUAAAAUGAAAAUGAAGCAGUGGGAGGAUUCAUGGCAACAGGUUAAACAGGCUUGCAACGCCUGGCAAACAGAAGCCCAGGAAGCAAAAGAUCAAGCGAAAUCCGCUGAAGCCGAGAGGCUGCUCGCCUUCCAAAAGAGGGAUGAUGCCAAGCGCAAGCUGAAAAAGCUUCAGGAGGACUUUGAUGCAAUGUGCAGGUCGCCCAGUAUGCCUCUUCUACAGAGUUACGGAGACAUCGACAAAAUCCCUUUACCAAAGCUUCACUCAAUCCAGCGCCAGCUGAGAGCAGACCUGGACUUGGUAGACGGGGUGAUAUACCAGCUUCAGUCAAAGAAAUGUGUAGCAUGCCAAAAGCAUGACCGCCAUGUCGUUCUGCAGCCUUGCCAGCAUUAUGUACUCUGUGAGAACUGCGCACUUAGCAAAACAGAAUGUCCUUUCUGUAACACAAAAAUAAUGAAGUGGUGAGAUAGACACAUUCAAGGUACUAUUUCUGGAUCCAGCCCUUUUAAAGAACUACUAAUAUAUUAUGCUAACAACAGUUUAAAAUAUAGCUUCUUUGUGUGUGUGUGUUUCAGUAUUUCCUAUAGUAAUUCAGUUGAUAGGUAUAUUAGACAGAUUGUAAUGGUGUUUGACUGGUACAGCUGUGGGAAGUUAAUUCCCAUAUUAACAUUUAUAUUUAAAAAUUUUUUUUAAAAAGUAACUUUCGCUUUUUCUCGACAAUCCAAGGCAACUGAACGCUGUUUCCCUGUGAUUUUGCCUUCUCCCUUUAUAACCCUGAUUGAAAGGAGAGCUAGCCAAGGCAUUCCUCGUAUUGGCAUUAGAACAGAUCCCACUUCUAUUAUCUAUAGAAUAUAUAUAUUUUUUGACAGAUUUUUAUAGAUAGGUUAUAAAGUUGUUUUUGCUUCCUGUUACCUAAUCACUUCCUGUUCCAUAGGUCAGUGUCAUGCCAAUUAUCGACUUAAUCAUAACAUGUGACUUGCUGCAUGUUAAGUGAGUGGUUUCCAGGAAGUAAUCUCCAAGGCUGGUUUCAAAGACGUUUAUUAGAACGAAUUGGUGCUAAUUAGGGCUUGUGAAACCAGCCGAUUUUAUUUGAUAGGAAAUUGAUUUUCAAAGCCUUGAUUUCGUCACUGUCGGUACCUGAAUGUAUCAGUCAAACACUCUUUUACUAGUUAUGUGAAGAAGUUUAAUUUCUUGUAAAAGCACUUUUGUAAACUUGGGGAUUUGUUAUAGAUGAUUUAUAGAAUUAGUUUUAAGCUGCUUUGUAGUAUUUUUGUUUUAGUUUUUUUUUUUUUCUAAAUAUGCUACAAUAUGAAGCUUUGGUUGUGUACUGUGAAACUUGAUAGAAUAUUUAAUAUUCAAUUUCUUACUGGUAAAUCAUGGUAUAGUUAAAUAUAUUGUUAAAGAUUUCAUAUUCUUAAAAAAAAAAAACCAAAAAAAAAAAAAAAAAAAAAAC